AUUGGUGUCUCAAGCUUCCUUUAGUACAGCAGGUUAAUUUCUCUUAGUUCAUAGCAUUUUGUUUUUUGUAGUUUCAAGUUCUACAUAGUUACCCUAAGCUUAGCAUCGACCCUGCGCUACAAUGAGGACGUUUUCACAUAUAAUUGUACUAGUGUGUACGUUAAGUUUCGUUGUUGGUCAAGAAAAUGCAGGUACUAAUGUGUCUCCAGCCCUACAAAGGUGUUACAACGAAACGCGUUAUGUCACAAGGGAUUUAAGGCCACCGUCGACUAUUAACGUUCUAGUGGAAAUUCUACGCAAAAUUGAAGAUGGUAACCCUUCACAAGAUGCAAGAGAACUGUCUUUCGAACUUCUUCACAGGUUUCGUCAAGACGGUAUUAGAAGAACUACGAAGGACGUAGACGCCAGUCUAGGUUUACCCUACAGUCCGAAAGGUUGGGAAUCUUAUAAAAAUCGAGUCCAGCUUACAAGAAUAACUCCAGGGAACGCAAUCAACUUUAAUAAUGACAGCAUAUCUACUAUGCAAACUUGCGCCCUUCACUUCAUGGUGUCAAGUACUAUCGAACUUUUCGUGCGUCCUGAAGAUAACAAGUGCCCUAAUACCAUAGCCCGAUAUACAAAUAGAAUUCAAAAAAGACAAACUGAAUGGAGUGAUUCGUCGGACGCCACUAGAAGUGACUGUCCAAUUGAAAGCGGAGUCAUUUACACCAAAUGGGGAGCUGUGAAAGCUGGGCUUGUUUUGGCUGGAAUUGCUGCAGGUUUUCAACCAAAUCCGCUAAGAAUCGACAAUUAUACACUUAGAUCUGAGUACGCCAGCACUAUUGCAGGGGAACUAUCAGAAGUCGCUCUGAACCAAUAUUCUACUCCCACAAAAACCGUGGGAAAUAAGGGUGGAUGGAAUAGUACAGUUCAACCAAAAUAUUAUUUCCUGGCAUCCAGUAACAAAGAUAACCUUUAUCUUACGGAUGCUGAAAUUCGGGGUGGUCUUGAUGGAUUGUAUUUGGCCCUCAAUAUACAAAGCUGGAGGUCAAAAGCUAACAAUAUAAAGAUUUCACAGAUAUUAGAUCUUUACUAUGGCAGAGGUGUCUUUAACGAUUCUUCAAGAGCUUGCAACCGUAAAACGUUAAUAGACAAUACAGUGUCGAGUGAUAUUUUGGUACAGCAAACUACAGCUUUUAGUAAAUUAUUGGAUGGGGAAUCACAAUUACCUUACACACCUAAGGAAGAAAAUUUACCCACGAUAUCUAAAGCAGCAGUUGAUAGUCUUCAAAGUUACAAAAAUAAUCUGAAUGAUUUAGCGUGCUCAGCCGAAAACGACCUAAUUGAACGAGUUUCUACGGACAUUUUGAUUUUCGUUGAUACAGACUGGAAAUUCGAGGUACUUCAACCACUUAUUUCGUAUCUCCUGGAAAAUAUCGAUGUCAAUAAGUAUGAAAGUUCCUACACAGUUUUAGACGGAGCCAACUGCGAUAUCAUUGUUAACAAAUCUAGAAGCAUUCUAGAUUUUUACGAACAAUAUAAUCUUACCCAACAGCAGAAAUAUCCCACAGGUUUUGACUACACUAAAGUUGUUCAAAUGUCGGAAAAACUUUUCAAAGCAAAAUUGGAUAACGAAACAGAUCUGACAGGACAGUCUAUGAUUAUUUUAAUGCUUCCUCAUAACACCCCAACUACAACGCAUAGGGAUUAUGUACGAACCAGACGAGAAGAUUUCAAACGCACUCUUCCUGAUGUAAGAAUAAUCGUUGGAGGAUCAGGUUCACAAUCUUCCUACAGCGAUUUGGUUACUACUGCAAAUAGUGACAUAUUCACGAUAUCUGAAGACAAUUCAGAUACACAGAUUAAAGACACUGGUAAACUUAUCACAGAGCGACUGAGAAAAAUACCACGAAGCGUGGUUAAUCCUUCAUGUCGCUCGUACUUUAAUAACGAAGGGUCAGGAAACUUUGAAAUAACUCAAUACGUUGAACCAUCUGGGGUUAAUUACCAUAAAAUUUCACCCAAUUACUUCUACGAAGGUCAAUCUUUGAAAAUCAGAGGACAAGGUUUCGGAAGCAUAACAGUCUGCACUUCACGAACUGACGCCAAUCCAAAAGCUAAUUCUACCACUAGUGAUGGAAGCACUUGUAAAACUCUUAAUUCAGAUGAAAUGUCGGUAGAUAUCAGCAAUUAUUGUACAGAUGAAACUGUCACUAACUGCUCGCCUAUUUAUAUUUCUGUGCAAGGCGAAGAAUCCUCUAGUCCCAGAUGCACAGAAAAGUUGUGUCGGUUUCCUGAUAACAUUAAAUAUACUAUAUACUUGGAAAGUGUUCAGUGUUCCAGCAGCGGUAUAAAAGUAAUAAGUAGUAUACUUUUAGUGUUUUUGUUGGUGGUGGUUAGUAACUUUUAGAAUGUACACAUAUCUAUAUUUUUUACCUAUACAGUAUCGUAAUUUAAAAUGACAUAUAUAUAAGUAACGAUCGUUCCAUUUUGUACUGUUUGUUGAAAAUAAUAUAGCAAUUACGUCUUCAAAA